CACCGCCCAUAAACAAGAACGUCCGUCUCCUUUGCCUUGUGCAUCCCGGUCCUCCCGUCAUCCCCGUACUCAGAUGCGCUCCGCCUCCGUCCUCGCCGCCGGUCCGAUCCGCACCAUCCGCCUCCCUCCUGUUGUCGCAGCACAGAGGCGUGGCCCUCCUGGUGGCUACAGCUCGUACCCGGCGCAUCAGGUGCGCUCCCGUCGUCUAGGCCGUCGCACGCACGGGGGCCGCACUUGCAAACCCUAGAUCGGAUUGUUCUAGCUCUGCGGCGGCGGCUAUGGCGGUGGAGGCGGUGGUGGCGUGGUACCGAGAGUUGCAAGAGGUCGAGCGCCUCGAGAAGUCGAUGCAUAAGGAGGUAGGGUCGAUCUCCAGGAGGUUGACGAUGGCCAAGGAUUUGUCGGAGGCGGAGGUGGCCAAGCUCAAGGAAGAGCGCAGUGACUUGCAGAAGAGGGCUAACAGGCUCCACCUUGAGAUGUCCCCGAGGCCGGAUUUCUCAGGCAUGACCGAGGCCGAGCGAGCGGCGACGGCGGAGAGGCUGAGAAGUGACGAGCUGGACUAUGCGCGCAGCCUUACGCAAGAGGGCGAGCCAAUAAGGGGUCGGAGCAAGGAAGCCUUUGCUCGCAAUCGCAUCGUGGACUUCGAUCCCAAGCAGGACGGCCGCUACUACAACCGGUUCACCCUCGUCGACCUCACCAAAUUCGACCUCGAUGAAGAGUCACCCAUUGGUCCGAUGAGGUUUAUCGAUUCCCCCUACAGAAGCGAGAGCGACUAUCCCUGGCUGUGUACGGCUGUAAACUUCCUGUCUGUCAAGAUAGCCUCUUCGGAUGUUGGCUUCCCAAUCGGUGUCUACGGCACUAUCACUGUCAGGGACAGCAUCAAUAUGAGGUUUCUUUAUCACUUCUGCCGCGACAGUGACAAUUGCCAACUCGUCAAAUCCGAGGAUGAAUCAUUGAUCUUGACUGGGCCGAAACGUGGCCUCGCAUUGUGUGGAGAUAUCUAUGUGGAGACUGAUCUCAAGAUGAAGGAUGAUCUAGUAAAGGACAGAGAACUUAGUAAAGGAGUCAUAUGCAUCAGGAGCGCAUCAACUGGUCCAUCGGUGACGGGAUACACAUUUCAGACCAAAUCUCUUGCUACCAGGCUCAGUACUGUGGAUGUGACUUAUACAGUCGUAGAUCGUGCACUGGAGGGAACUAUUGCAGUUGUAGUUCUUCAGGGAGGCUUUCAUGGCAAAAUCGCUGCCUACACUGCCAACAUGAAGUACAGGCUUGUGCUUUAUGAGAGCAAAGAGGCUGAUGCGAUGACUGUUGACGAUUGUGGAGUUCUCGAGCUUAUGCGACCCGUUCUUUCUGUGUCUGUCAAGGAUUUGCUGGUGAUUGAUGCACUGACCUUUGAUGGUAAAUUUGAGCGCAUAGUAUUCACUCCAAGGAUCAACGCCAGAGAUGAACACACAUUUUCUGUUGGUGCAACCAAGUUGCGUGUGAAGCUUUCUUGGUCAGUAAUGAACCCCUGACUGAUUUGCAUAAUACCCGAUUGUUAUAACUAUGUCUGUUUCGGUAAUGCUGUCGUCACCCUAAGUUAUGCUAACUUAGUUGGACCUGAUAAGUAAUAGUGGGUCGGACCUGAUAAGUAAUAGUGUGUACAACUUUUCUGUAUUGUGCGUUGCUUUUUAUAUUUGGACACACUUGUACCGUGCUGUGGGCUGGGUUGUUUAUGCUGAAUCAGUUAUCAAAAAUGUGUUGCGCUUUAUGCUGA